AUGACUCGAUGCGGUACCGCUUCAGAGAAGGGUACCAGCGUAUUGAAAGCUCACGUCGUCACCGUCGAAAGAGAUCGUCUCCGCCGGAUGAUGAAUACUACAUUUAUCGUCGAAGCCGUCGAAGUUCGGGAUCAUCUCAAGCUAGAUCGCAGCCGCAGCCGCAACCGCAACGACAGUAUGAUGGAACACGCAAACGCACCCGUGUCUACUACCCCCCGGGCCUAA